CUAGAAAAUUCUCUUGGCAGAGACGUUACUUUGUCUUUUGCUUUACACACAUUCCUCUGACGUAGAGCUCAGUUUAGAGAGAGGGAGGGUGUGUGUGUGUAUGAGAGGAAGAAAGAGAAAGGGGGUGGGGGGAAAGACACAUACACAGAGCUAGUCUGACCAGAAACAGAACUGCCCCUGGCAGAUUAAAGAGACAAGUGAGGCUUGGAGUGUGAAUCUAGAGAAAAGAGAGUGGAAAUUUACAGCUGCUGCGAGUGAGUGACUGUAUGCAUGUUCAAGUGAUCAUUUCUGUUAACAUUUUUCCAAAGGGCAACAUUUAGUCUUCAGUGAGGAGGAAGAGACUGAAUUCUCUGGCGUCAGCUUUCUGUGACACAUGUCAAUGAUACAGAAGAACUUAUAUUAAACGGAACAUAAAUAAAGCCUCCUCCAUCUGGACUGUGCUGAUUUGGGGCUGGCAGAGAGCUGUCUUCAGCACCUCAUCAUGUAUCUGCUUUUUGUUGCUUAGACAAGCCUGGGCAUUUCUGUUCACGGAGGAAGUGUUUGUUGCUGAACUGCGUAACUGAGUCACUGUAUAAUGAUGCGAUGUGCUGAUGGCUGAAGUAAUAUUGCUUUUGCUUUCCUCCAUUGUUCAUAUAAGCUCUUAUAAAUUUAACUCUUUAUCAGAGGCUGUGAAUAAUAAGUAAAGGAGAGCUUGAGGUGAUCCUCAGCUAUACUGGAAGAAGAAAUUCAAGUGAAGGAAAAGAAACAUGCCUUUGUUUAGUAAAUCACACAAAAAUCCUGCUGAGAUAGUGAAAACUUUGAAAGAGAACAUGGCCAUCUUGGAAAAGCAAGAAAAAAAGACAGACAAGGCAUCAGAAGAAGUGUCAAAAUCACUGCAAGCAAUGAAGGAAAUUCUCUGCGGUACCAGUGACAAGGAGCCACCUACGGAGAUGGUGGCUCAAUUAGCACAAGAACUAUACAACAGUGGCCUUCUUGUGACUCUUAUAGCCAAUUUGCAGCUGAUAGAUUUUGAGGGCAAAAAGGAUGUGUCCCAGAUAUUUAACAACAUCUUGAGACGACAAAUUGGCACUCGAAGCCCUACCGUGGAAUACAUUAGUGCCCAUCCCCAUAUCCUAUUUAUGCUCCUAAAAGGAUAUGAAACUCCACAUAUUGCGUUACGUUGUGGAAUUAUGCUGAGGGAAUGUAUCCGGCAUGAACCACUUGCCAAAAUCAUCCUUUUCUCAGAACAGUUCAGGGACUUCUUCAAAUAUGUGGAAAUGUCAACAUUUGACAUAGCUUCUGAUGCCUUUGCUACGUUUAAGGAUCUACUGACGAGACACAAAUUGUUGGUAGCAGAUUUCCUUGAACAGAAUUAUGAUACAAUCUUUGAGGACUAUGAAAAAUUGCUUCAUUCUGAGAAUUAUGUAACAAAGAGACAAUCUUUAAAGCUGCUGGGUGAAUUGAUUCUGGACCGACACAACUUUGCCAUCAUGACAAAAUAUAUCAGCAAACCAGAGAACCUGAAGCUGAUGAUGAACCUGCUGCGAGAUAAAAGCCCCAACAUUCAGUUUGAGGCUUUUCAUGUGUUCAAGGUUUUUGUGGCCAGCCCAAACAAAACGCAGCCUAUUGUGGAGAUCCUGUUGAAAAACCAGCCCAAGCUAAUUGAGUUUCUAAGCAGUUUCCAGAAAGAGCGGACAGACGAUGAACAGUUCACCGAUGAGAAGAACUACUUGAUUAAACAGAUCCGAGACUUGAAAAAGCCAGCACCAUGAAGAGCUCCCCUAACUUUCCGCUGUAGGCAUUAAUCUCAUUUGCUCAAUUUCUAUACAUGUUCUUUAAAAAUCACAAUAGUGCUUGAGAAGGCAUUGCAAGUGCCUGUUUUUAUUUUGUGUUGUUCACAUAGAUGUCAAGAGUAUAGAGGUUUUACAUGACAACUAAAAAAAAUCUAGAAUAAUAUAUUAUUUUUAAUUAAGUCUCUAAUUAUUUAUGUUGAGUUAGGCACUCUCUAUAUUAGAAGCUGGUAAAACAGGUUUUUAUCCAAGAAGGAUAGACCUCUCUGCUUCGAUUUUUAUCAACACACUUGAGCUGUCAGUCAGUGCAGACUAGGAGUUCUGAAGAUUGUAGCUAUCUUUGCCUUUGCACUUGUUGUUGUGACUUUUUUUAGGGGGGUAUGCACAUAAGACUGUGAAAGAGGGGGUUUGGCUAAGGAUUAAUUGGCAUUUGUAGUGGAUUUGCUAGCAAAAGCAGCAGGGGAUGGAGCCAAAACAAGAAGGUUCACAUUUUCACUUUAUUUUUAUGUUCCCUCUUCUUUGGUUUUACUCUAGGUCAGAGAUUUCCUAUGUAGUCUGGGUACAUGUGCCAGGUAACAAGUCGAAGACUUUGGCUGGGUCAGCACACACUCUCCGCUUUCCACUUCUCUGUCCAUGGUCUAAUCACCAGGGAAGUGUAGGCAGUCCCAAGCUCCAGUCUUGUAAUAACACUGAUUAAGAGCAGCCUUAGCUCUGCUGGUGGUUUGAAUGGGAGGUGGGAGCAAUGCAGCAUGGCCAAGGAGAGAGGUGUAUUACCUAUGGUCUUCCUAAUUCUGCUACCAUUGAAAUCAGUGAAAAUCUUGGCAUUGACUUCAGUGGCAACAGAACUAGUCAUUAUUCAGUGCUUCUUAUUCAGAACCCAAUCCUGCAAAGUGCUGAGUAGCUUCAUUUCCCAUUGGCUUCCACAUGAGUGAAGACAGUCAAUACUUCAUAGGAUUUAGCCCAAGAACUAAGUGCUAAGGGACGCCCAGGUAGAAUGCUAGUUAUACAAGCCAGAGUGGGUACAGGUGUGUGCUUGGGAACCUCUGAUGGAGACUCUGUAGUGAUUCAGUUUCUGCUCCUUCAGACAUGCCUGCGCAGGACAUACUUUGCCCAUAACUUUCAGAUCUGGGUUUCUAAAAGUAGGCUUCUGAGUAUUUCUAGGUACCUAAUGAGGUAUAGCCUCAGUCUGAAAUGUUGAGCGAUUCCCAGCUCUCACUGAAUUGAUGGGAGCUGCAGGAACUCUGGAAAUCAAACUGCUUAUUUAGAUUCUUAAAUGAGGCUUUUGAAGCCAAAUUGGAGGCCCUGUUUUGGGAAAUUUGCUUUUUGUGGUGAGCAUGUUUCAUCCUUGUUCAUUUAGAUGUGAAUUCCAUUUGUACACUGACCGUUUUGGAAGAGGAAUCAUUGCACUGUGAUGUUUUCAGUUUAAUAAAGCCUUGGGUCCAAAAAAGAGUUGCCUAAGUAUACUUGCAGGUUUUUUGUCUUACAGGAAAUGACAAUAUUAUUUUGGUUUAUUUGGAUGAGGAGUUUGUGUGUGGGGAGAAAAAAGAGCUUUCAGUAUUUUUUCUGCUAGCUUGAAUGUAGGGUUUUUUUUUCCUUUUUAUUGAAUGAGACCUUUAGUUGUCCAGCUGUAACUGCAAAGCAGCUGUGUCAGUAAAAGAAGGAACAUCAAACAAGAUUCUUUUUCCCCAUAAAACUGUUGCAUACAAGAGUGAGUGAGAAUUUAAUUUGUGUGUUUAGAAAAGGGAUGAAACCGAACAACUAGAUUGUGGACUCAUCAUUCAUUUUCAGAUGUCAGGUGUGUACAAAAAAUGUGUAUCGUUAGCCAUCUGGAAUUUUUAAAUUAUAUUUACAAGCUAUUAAAGGCAUGAUUACUAAUG